AUGAAGGGCUCAGAAAUCUUCUGUCCUCACUGGGGGGCGGUGUAUCUCAUCCUUACCCCGUUCCAAACUCGGAUUCAGAUUGGCAAACUGACUUGCAAUCGGAGGGAGGGAGCUCAAGCUCGAGCUGUUGCCUCUCUCACAAAUGCGAUUCUUCACCGCUUUGACAUUGAUGCGUUCUCGGAUGAUGACGAGAAUGAGCGUUCUGACAAUGAUUUGGAUGCGGACACUCGUGCAGAUGGGUCCCCUUUGCACACUCAAGACCUAGACCCACAUUUGGAUGGUUUACCGCCGGCCCCGAAGCGACCUCGUGGUGAUCAUGAGCAUGAGUCCGAGGCCAGCCGUCUGUACUGGCAUCCUUGGGAAGAUCGAAUCACUUGUACACUGGAUAUUCUAAUGCAUCUUCCCCGUUCGGUCUUCUCGCAACGCCAACUCGAUCUCUUCCUGUGGCUUCUCAAGGUCAAUAACAUACCCUAUGUACCGUCCAUCAAGCAGAUGCAACGGUUGAAUCUCGGGCUCCAGAAACUCUGUGGUAUUGAAACAAUAGCGUAUGACGGCGCUCUCGGUCACAAAUAUUUUGUGAAUAAUAUUGCUCAAAUAAUUGCGCAGGAAAUGGCGAAUCCCCGAGUUCGACCACAUCUCUCAUUUUACCCCGAAGAUUCCGGCUCAAAAUUAUCAGAAGCUCGACAGGGUCAACGGUGGCUGAAUGAGAUUCCCGAUACUCAGACGACACCAAUGGCCCGACUCCAUGGCCAUGAUUAUUACAUUUACGAGCCGUGUAUGGCAUCGGCUGUGGAGGGAACAGCACAAUUUGUCAUACCCACUCGGUGGUUUACUCGCGAAGGAUCUCUGUUUGCCAAGUGCUGGAGAAUGAUUCCAGUUGCAAGCGAGCAGGGUUCUGGCUGGCGUGUUAUCAAGACUAUCAGCGUCGAUAUUCCUGCCUCGCACUUCUUCAAGAAUUUUUUGGGAUUUCAGGCUGAUGCUGGCGUGUAUGGGGUUCCUCACCCGUCAUAUAUCAUUGAUGUUGUCGACACAAAUGCUGCUCAGUCUAGUGUUCCCUGGACAUAUACUAACCCCGUUCUCGGCAAUCCAUGGCGUGCAAAAGUCAAGGGAUGUCGCGUUGUUUCAUUCCCAAUGUGGCUAUACUGUGAUGAUACAUCCGGGAACCUUUCUAAGAAAUGGAACAAGCACAACAGUUUCUUGAUGACUCCAGCUGGUCUGAAUCGUCAUGAGAGCCAGAAGGAGUUUAAUAUACAUUUCUUGUGCACGUCAAACCUCGCUCCUCCACUGGAAAUGAUGGAUGGAGUUGUAGAGCAGCUCGAAAAUAGCCAGGAAAACGGAAUCUGGGCAUGGGACAUUGUCCUUCAGGAGACGGUACUCGUCAUCCCGGAGGUUCUUGCUCUGCUCAGAGACAAUCCGAUGCAAAGCGAGUUUGCUUGUCACAUCGGCUUGCAUGGGAAAUUCUUCUGCCGUGCGUGUUGGGUCAGAGGCCAUGCAACAGAUCCAGAUACUGUCCAGCCUCAGCCUUCUGCUGGUCUCAGCGCCGCUGCUCAAAACACGUCCAAUGUUGGCAGUGACGGCGAUGCAAGCAGUGUUGGGGCACAGAGUGAUGACAGUUUGAACAGCACCACCAAGUCGCAGAAGAAACGGGCAGGAGCAGGGAAGCGAGCAUUGGAGACAAUGGGACAAAUGGUAACACACGUCAAAGCGUUCAUGACGAUCGGCCGCUUGCGCAAGAGAUCCGAGACAAUAGAACACUUGCGCUCUGAAUUCAUUACUGCUUCUACUACUGUGGACAAGAAGACACAGAUCAAGCAACAGCGUACCGAGACCGGGAUCAAAGACACUUUCCAACAGUUUUUUGCCGAUGCUCUGCCCGCUCUUGACAAGACGAUGAGUCCAGUUUGGCGAAUCAAAGGAUUGGACCCACAUCAGGACACACCCGUCGAAAUUCUCCAUGUUGUUCUCCUCGGAUUUGUCAAAUAUCUUUGGCGCGAUCUCAUUCAAUUACAAAUCAAGAACAAGGACGACAAGAAGGCGCUCCUCAUAACGCAUUUGAAUUCAGUUGACACUCGCGGACUUGGAAUAUCCCCCUUGGCAGGCCAAACUCUCGUUCAAUAUGCAGGCUCUUUAACUGGUCGUGAUUUCCGUGCUAUUGCCCAGGUGGCUCCUUUCACUGUGUACGAUCUUGUUUCACCGCAAUGUUUCGAAACUUGGAAGGCCUUAUCGAAACUUGUCCCUCUCAUUUGGCAACCGCAGAUCGACGACAUAGAGAUAUAUUCGGACCAAUUGGCUCGUGAGAUCAAUCACUUUCUUUCUUGUGCUGCGCGAUGGACUAACCGUUGGUUUAAUAAGCCCAAAUUUCAUAUCUUGCUUCACUUACCAGCGCAUAUCCGGCGAUUUGGGCCUGCUAUCUUGUUCGCAACGGAGGCCUUCGAAUCGUUCAAUGCUAUAAUUCGUUCAAAAAGUGUUCAUUCAAAUCGCCAUGCACCUUCACGUGAUAUUGCGGCGGCUUUUGCCCAGGGAAAUCAUGUACGGCACUUGCUCAGCAGAGGGCACUUCCGAUCCAAUCCCAGUGAGACCAGUAACUCCUCGCCAAGAGAUUGGAUUUCAGCAGGGCCAGGACCGCUUGCUCUCAUCGAAGGCACGGUCGCUUCUUAUCUUGGACUUGCGGACAACAAAGCACGUGGAGUGGGAGGUGUUAGCGAGAGCAUCGACAAAGGGAAAUCAAGACCUGCAGCAGACACGGUUACUGCUAAGCACAUAGCAGCCUGGAAUAACCAGACCGGACUGUUCAAGUCAUGGAACCGACUUGAACUGCUAAAUGGUGACCGUUGCGAGCUGCGAUCCUACGUCCUCGUUCAAAAGGAAUCUCGAACGAGCGUCUGUCGUUUGGAGGAGCUGUUGCAACGAGCAGGGUUGGUGAAUAGUCUCUCCGAGCUGCCUGACGUCAUCUUGCUGCAAGAGGCCACUGUUGACCCAAGCCUCGAGCAAUACGGGAUGCCACGGUUGGUGUUAUCAGGGCGGUGGUACAUCACCUGUCUCGAGGACAUCCUCUGUUCUGUGAAUGUGCAACACAGCUGCAUCAAGUAUCAGUGUGACGCAUCGAGCUCAGUCCCGGUGAAAUGCUGA